AUGUGUGCGUCGGACCCUCCACGUAUAUCGAUUGGUCUUAUCAAUUUGCUGAAGGAAGGAGGUUUUCGCCUUACAAAGUUUACAAGUAACAGACGUGAAAUCCUUGCAACUCUUCCUUCUAAAGAAAGAGCCAAGCCAAGCCUGAAUUUAGAUCUUGAUCAACUCCCCAUGGAACGUACCCUGGGUAUCUGGUGGGACUCCGAAACUGACGUGUUUCAGUUUAWAGUCAUUCCUACCGAAAAACCGUGCACCAAAAGAGGAAUUUUGAGUGYUGUAAGCUCAUUGUUUGACCCCUUGGGGUUCCUGGCGCCCUUUGUACUUCCAGUUAAGAUCCUAUUGCAAGACUUGUGGAGAGAAGGCUUCAGCUGGGACCAGCAAAUUCCGGAACCAUACUAUUCAUCAUGGCGUAAGUSGAUACAAUCCCUCCCUCACAUCGUUACCAUCCAUAUUCCGAGAUGUUACAAGAGUUCUCAACUUGGAACAGUUACGACCAUGCAACGGCACAACUUUGCUGAUKCGUCGAGACGUGGUUACGCUGCAGUGUCAUAUCUUAGAAUGAUUGACCAAGAUGGCAAGRUACAUUGUGUUUUCGUCAUGGGAAAGGCUCGUAACACUCCAAUAAAGGUACAGUCAAUUCCACGACUAGAACUUCAAGCAGCUGUGCAGGCUACCYGGCUGAGCAAGACAAUACUUGAUGAGCUAGAAGAGCCCGUGAGAGAAGUCCGCUUUUGGUCUGACUCAAUGACGGUGCUACAAUAUAUCAAGAAUAGAACACGCCGUUUCAACACAUUUGUCUCCAACCGCCUCACUGAAAUACAURAGUCAUCUUCACAAGAACAAUGGUACUUUGUACCUGGUACACUGAAUCCCGCCGAUGAAGGAUCUCGSGGGAAUGGACGAGGAAUCUUUCACCUCCAAUUCCCAUUGGUUAUCUGGACCGUCAUUUCUAUGGAUGUCCGAAGACCAAUGGCCGACCUGGAAGGCUGA